AUGUCUAGUGCAACGCAGGUUUCUACUUCUCUUAAUGGUCCAGUGAGGGAUGUCGAUUGGUACCGCCAGCUUUGGUGGAAAACCGGUAACAUACAUCCCAAAGCAAAGUGGGAAGAAGCAACCUAUAGAUGUGAAGCUGAAGCAGAUUAUCGAGGAGAAUGGAGAAAAAGAAAAAGGUAUUUUUACAAAGAUGUUUCGCAAUCUCCAGUAAAUUCCAACGAUACUCCUGAUGCUCCAUCAUCUGAUAUAACUAACAACACUUUAAAUUCUGAUGUUUGCCGAGAGACGAAGACUCAAUGCACCACAUCACCAAUUCGCGCAAAGACUAAAUCAUCGGAAGACUCACGGAAUGAGGAAGCUAUCGCAUCUAAGGUGAUAGAUGAUUUCCCGGAUGAGGAGCAUAAGAAAAGGGUGGUUAGUGAUGAGAUCAGGCAGAGAGAGCACGAGGAGAAGCUUCAAGAAGAGUCAAAGACUUGUCGCAAAACAUCCUCAGCUAUUCACUACCU